AUGUCCGAGACCAACGUUGGUGCCAUCAUCAGCCUCACUGCCCCGGAGGAGGGCGACACCAUCUGGAAAGCCACACAGACGGAGGUGCAGCACAACCUGCCCCCCGGAGACGCCCCGGGUCACGUUGGGAUCGAUUGGGGCUUCGGUCCUAUCAAGGUUAGCGGCUAUAUUGAUACCGACACCUACGGGAUUGGAGUCAGCGUGAGCGUGGUGGGCAUCCACCUCGGCAACAUCUAUGGAAACCUCAAAGACGGCGUGGGCUUAUCGGUCGAUCUCUUCGUCGUCAGUGGUGCGAUCAAGUUCUAUCUCAAAAACGGAAACGAGCUCUGGAUCCACCUGGACCUGAAGAUCAAGUUUAACGGCCACUACGACGGAGACUACAAGAUCCUGGCCUUCUAA